AAAAAGCUAUAUCUCAAAAUGAAAAAGAGUGAAGCUCUUUGUCUUUUGAUAAAGACAGUAAAAGAAGGCAAAAAAAUAACUUACUUUGAAAGCGGUGGAUUAGCAGACACUAAACAAGAAGGAAAAAAGCCAUGA